UUAAUGGGAGGCUAGACUACCCUGCAGCACUGCAGGUAAACUAAAGCUGAUCGGUGGUGUAGCAAGGAAAAUGUCGGCUUGUUAUUUAUAUUACAGAAAAGCCAACGGGAGAGUGGAAUAUGUAAACAAAUUUAAUUAACCUGAACGACACCGGCAUCACCCCGUGCUUAGUGAUGGGUGUAACCGGUCUCGUGCCUGCUGAUCACUGCACAGGGCACACAGACGGAGGCCUUUAAAGCCUGCUUUGAACUCGCUCGUAUCUUCUUCCAAAACAACUGUUAAUCAUUCAUAAGUCAAAUAUAUUUUCACAACGUAACCGACGUUUUAAGCCUUCCUUCUUCCAUCGGACACCCACAUUUUCAUUUUCAUCGUCCCUGGCUAAAAACUGCAGGAAAGCAGGCGCCUCCUCCGAUCUCCUUCCGAUCGAACACGAGCAUUCCCGAAAAAUAAACCGUGGUCUGUUUCCAUUGGUGAAACGCUCGUCCAAUGAACCAGGGCCAUCUGUGUGGGAUUCAACGCUGUUAGAUUUCUCAGCUUACGUUUCCUUCAUCGGACUUUCAAUCUCAUCGUUUCACCACCUGCUACCAGACUGCAGCUAGCAUCAUGAAGUUUCCGGUGGUAAUUACUGUAGUUUUGGCAUCGUUGGCGCUAACUAUCGACGCUACGGUUUACUUCAAGGAACAGUUUCUGGAUGGAGAUGGAUGGAAGAGCCGUUGGGUCGAGUCGAAACAUAAAUCAGAUUAUGGACAGUGGAAACUGAGUGCUGGAAACUUUUAUGGGGAUGCUGAAGCUGAUAAAGGUAUCCGGACCAGCCAGGAUGCCCACUUUUAUGCCCUGUCAGCCCACUUUGAGCCAUUUAGCAAUGAGGGAAAGCCCCUGGUCAUCCAGUUCACUGUCAAGCAUGAGCAGAAGAUAGACUGUGGAGGUGGUUACAUCAAGCUCUUCCCCAAUGAGCUUGACCAGAGUGACAUGCAUGGAGACUCCCAGUAUUACAUCAUGUUUGGGCCUGACAUUUGUGGAUACAGCACAAAAAAGGUUCAUGUGAUAAUUAACUACAAGGGUCAGAACCAUCUUAUCAAGAAAGACAUCAAAUGCAAGGAUGAUGAGCUGACCCACUUGUACACACUGAUUGUGAAUCCAGACCAGACAUAUGAGGUGAAGAUCGACAAUGAGAAGGUAGAGUCUGGCUCCUUUGAGGACGACUGGGACAUGCUGCCCUUAAAGAAGAUCAAGGACCCUGAAGCUAAGAAGCCAAGCGACUGGGAUGACAGGGCUAAGAUUGACGAUCCCAGUGACACAAAGCCUGAAGACUGGGACAAGCCAGAGACGAUCCCUGACCCUGAUGCCAAGAAGCCUGACGACUGGGACGAGGACAUGGAUGGAGAGUGGGAGCCCCCCAUGAUCGCCAAUCCAGAGUAUAAAGGGGAAUGGAAACCCAAACAAAUUGACAACCCUGACUACAAGGGAACAUGGGUCCACCCUGAGAUAGACAACCCAGAGUACACUCAGGAUGCUACUAUGUAUAAAUUUAACAACAUUGGAGUCCUGGGCCUGGAUCUGUGGCAGGUCAAAUCUGGAACCAUUUUUGACAACUUUCUGAUUACCGACGAUGUGAAAGAGGCAGAGGAAUUUGGAAAGGAAACCUGGGGAAAAACCAAGGGACCAGAGAAGAAAAAGAAGGAUGAGCAGGAAGAUAUGGAAAGGAAACUGAGGGAGGAAGAGGAGAAGGAGAAGAACAAGGAGGACACUGAAGGUGAUGAUGAGGAUGACAAAGAGGAUGGUUCAAAUGACAGACACAGAAAAUGGGCUGAUGCCAUCUGGACUGUAGCUUUUCAUAUAGCAGCCUUUUAUUCCGGUGGGAUGUUUGAGGGAUGGGAUUUUUUUUCUUGAUUCCCAUGCAUUUUUUCUCUCCAAACCAUCAAAUUGGAGAAGGGUUUGUUUAUGCUUGUGUUUGUGUGUUUGGUAUAUACGUGGAUUUUCUGAUUUAAUGUGAUUUCUUUCUUUUUUUUCUCUUUUCUUUUUUCCCCCUUUGGAAAUCCCAUAACUUGAGCGUCUGUGAUGUCUGGUUGUGCACUUUGAUCUCUGUCAUACCAUGAUGCACUAUUUGUUUUCUGAGGUGAUCCUUUCGUAAAUUAUUCAAAUAUUACAUUUGUUUGUGGACAUGACAGCUCACAACAUUUUUGAGUUUGUUCAUAAGUCCUCUGUGUGAUAUGUGUGUGCGUGUGUGCAUUCCCAAUGUUUUGAUUGAGUAUCUUUACUUUGUGAACACAGUUUUGAGUUAAUAAAUUGAAGCUUCUCAACUUUGCUGUUUUUCAUUACUUUCAGUAGUUGAUCUCUGUUGCCUGCCUAACUUUGGCGGUUUCUUUCACACUGAGUGAUUUUAAUCUGUGUAUACAGCAAGAGACAUGAGAAGUGCAAGUAUUAAAGUAUUUGUGUGUUAUUUAUGUGGCAUGCUCAUUUCAGAAGCUGGAAAACAAAUUAAGUCACCCACUCCCAGUACUUUUAUAAAUCAUUGACCAAACAAAGUCUAAUUUGCC